UCGAGCAGCGUUCGGUGCCGCCUGCGCCUUGGCGGCCGGCAAAGUUGGCGCAUGCGCCCUGCGGGUGGGUCCCAGUCUGAGGAGGAGAGAGUUGUCGAGAAAGCGAGUUCGAGGGGAGUCGCUGCUGCUGCUGUUGUUGUUUCUGGGCCGCGCGAAGGGAAGGAAGGGCGGCGUUUGGAGUCCGUUUCCUCUUUCGGAGGAAGAGGACCCAGAGGCGGCGAGAUGGUCAUGGCGUACUUCGUGGAGAGUUUCUGGAAUCUUGUCUGGGUCCUUCAUACUUGCCCUUCUGAAUCCAUUCUGAUGAAUGACUGAACCAAGGGGGAAAGGAACAAUGGCUUUGAUAUCCUCUAUCAUAAUAUGAAACAUGGACAUGUAUCUACAAAAGAACUAGCAGAUUUUAUAAGAGAAAGGGCUGCAAUAGAAGAAACAUAUUCAAGGUCAAUGACAAAACUAGCCAAAUCAGCAAGUAAUUAUUCACAAGUUGGAACAUUUUCACCAGUCUGGGAAGUUUUCAAGUCAUCAACAGAAAAAUUAGCGAGUUGUCACUUAGAACUUGUUCGUAAGCUGCAAGAACUAAUUAAAGAAGUACAGAAGUAUGGAGAUGAACAAAUAAAAGCUCAUAAAAAGACUAAAGAAGAAGUUUCAGGGACUUUGGAAGCAGUGCAAAACAUUCAGAGUAUUACCCAGGCCCUCCAAAAAGCAAAAGAAAACUACAAUUCAAAAUGUGUGGAACAAGAGCGUUUGAAAAAGGAAGGUGCUACACAGAGAGAAAUAGACAAGGCAGCAGUAAAAUCCAAGAAAGCAACUGAUACUUACAAACUUUAUGUAGAAAAGUAUGCUGCAGCAAAAUCUGAUUUUGAACAGAAAAUGACUGAAACUGCACAGAAAUUUCAAGACAUUGAAGAAAUGCAUCUCCUCCACAUGAAAGAGAUUAUUGAGUGUUUUUCAAAUACAGUAAAAGAAGUUCAUGUACAAAUUGGUGAGGUGCAUGAAGAAUUUAUCAACAACAUGGCAAACACAACAGUUGAAAAUUUGGUACAAAAAUUUGCUGAGUCAAAAGGCACUGGCAAAGAGAGACCUGGACUGAUUGAAUUUGAAGAAUGUAAUACAGCCAGUGCUAUUGAAGGGAUAAAACCUAGAAAAAGAAAGCAUUUUGGAUUACCAGGAAUUAUUAAGAAGGAAAAAGAUGCAGAAUCUGUGGAAUGUCCAGAUGCAGAUUCAGUAAACAUUCCAGAUGUAGAUGAUGAAGGCUAUAGCAUUAAACCAGAAGCUAGUCAGAAUGCCAAAGAGAACCACUUCUAUUCAUCAAGUGAUUCUGAUUCUGAAGAUGACGAACCAAGGAAGUUCCAUGUGGAAAUCAAACCUGUUCAGCCAAACAAUAGUUCUCAUUAUACAGUGCCUUCACUGGAUGAAUUAAAAGAAUCAAUAGGAAACAUCACACUGUCACCAGCUAUAUCUAGACAUAGUCCUGCACAGAUGAACCGGAAUUCAUCUAGUGAAGAAUUAACAAAAUCAAAGCUUUCUGCUUCAUCUAAUGAGAAAGGGAACAGUGAUCUCCUAGCCUGGGAUCCACUCUUUAGAAAUUCUGGUGACUCUUCCUCCCUGACCUCAACAAUGUCUUCAUCUUCAUCAGCUCACUCAAUUUCUCUGCAAAAAAGUUCUUCAUCUUCUUGUAUCCUGCCUAAAGAUAAUUCAACAAAUACCAUCAGUACCUCAGGAAGACCAACAACCCCUCUUUCCAUAGGUACUUUAGUACCUCCUCCCAGACCAGCUUCCAGACCAAAGUUGCCUGCAGCAAAACUCAGUGGAAUUAAUGAAAUUCCAAGGCCAUUCAGCCCUCCCUUGACCUCCAGUUCCAGCCCACCUCCUUCAGUCCCUUUGGCACGUGCAGAAAGCUCUUCUUCAAUAUCAUCUUCUGCAUCCUUGAGUGCAGCAAAUACACCCACAAUAGGAAUUUCACGCGGUCCUAGCCCUGUCAGCCUUGGAAACCAGGACACAUUGCCCGUUGCAGUGGCCCUGACUGAGUCUGUUAAUGCCUACUUCAAAGGAGCAGAUCCCACAAAAUGUAUUGUGAAGAUCACUGGUGAUAUGACAGUCUCAUUCCCAAGUGGAAUUAUUAAAGUAUUCACCAGCAAUCCAUCUCCUGCUGUGCUCUGCUUCAGGGUAAAAAACACAAGCAAACUAGAGCAGAUUCUUCCAAAUACUCAACUUGUAUACAGUGAUCCAUCACAAAAUGAUUCCAAUGCAAGGGAUUUUUGGAUGGACAUGCAAGCUGUCACAGUCUACCUCAAGAAGCUCUCAGAACAGAAUCCUUCUGCUUCUUAUUAUAAUGUGGAUGUCCUAAAGUAUCAGGUAUCUUCAAAUGGCAUCCAGUCUACACCUUUGAAUCUUGCUACAUACUGGAAGUGCAAUGCAAACACUACUGAUGUAAGAGUUGAUUACAAAUACAACCCAGCAUCUAUGGCAGUGCCAAGUAUGCUGUCUAAUAUACAGGUCAUGGUACCAGUUGAUGGAGGUGUAAUGAAUAUGCAAUCACUUCCUCCAGCAAAAUGGAAUUCAGAACAGAUGAAAGCAUUUUGGAAAUUAUCAGGUAUUUCAGAAAAAUCAGAAAAUGGAGGUUCUGGUUCCCUCAGAGCGAAAUUUGACAUUUCACAAGGGCCCAGUAAACCAGCAACACUUGCAGUGCAAUUUAUCAGUGAAGGAAGCACUCUUUCAGGAGUAGAUGUUGAACUUGUAGGCACUGGCUAUCGGCUUUCCCUAAUUAAGAAGAGGUUUGCCACUGGGCGAUAUAUGGCAGAUUGUUGAAGAGCCUAUGAAGAAAAAGUUUUCUCAAAGAAUAGAAAUUCAUUCUUUUACUACCUUUCCAACACUAUUUUAACAUGCAUUAAUUUUUGAAAAUAUGUUGCUUAGUUUCUAUACCCAACAAAAAUGCACUUUUAAAAACAAGUGAUUUAAAAAUACUUUAUUUUAUAAUAGCACUGAAGCAAACUCCAACACUAUAGAAGACCGCCUACAAUACUGGGAAACAAGAUUAUUCAGAUAUUUAGUACUCUUGUAGCAGAGCCAAAACAGAAGUAAUUUGCUGUAUUUAAGACGUGAGGUGCUUUGUGAAUCUAUAGACAACUGUAACAUAUAUUUAGCUUUCUAUAAAUACUGAAGUGUAAUUUUUUCCAGUUUCCAUUAUUGCCAUUCCAUAUACAAAAAAGUGGCAAAGUAAUUUUUUGUCUUCUCUAUUUAUGUGCCAUAUCUUGCUAUGGAUAUGUAUAAAAAUAACUUGAUCUCCAUAUACCAUAUAUAAUUAAAUGUACAUUUUUAUAUAAAAUAUGGUUUUAAAAAUGUAAAGUGCAAUUUUUAAAUGCAACAAACAACAGAGAUAUCUACUUCUGCCAUUAGUUGGCUUUAUGGGAGUUGUAAUUUUAAUUAAUGCUGUAGAUUUAAUUUAUUUUUAUAUUGAAUGUGUAACUUUUGUGCCUUUUUAAAACUGUGCCUGCCAAACUGUGUAUGUGCCUCUCAUUUAUUUCUGCAGUUUCAAGAUCUUCCACUCAGAAAAUAUUUUUCUCUUAAGCAUGUACAGCUCCAUAAAUCCCUGGCAAGGAUUUAGUAAGGGAAGUUCACAAUAACUACAAAAUAGUCUUUUAAAAUAUUAAAUGACUUCCUUUGGGGGUUAAUUGCAAUAAACACAGCCACUGUAAAGGGAAGUGCUUUGCUUUGAUAAAAUCACAAGAAAAACUUUUUAUUAAAAUUUAACUGCAGUAUCACCAAAGAUGUGCAAAAUGAAGGUAUAUUAAAUUGUAAAACAAUAAUUUGUAAAACAACAUUUGUAGAAUUUUCUUUUGCUAUCUGUAAUUUCUAGUGCUUUCAAACGUAUAACAUCAAUGUAAGAGUUGUUUCUGAUGAGUAACAUCUUUUAAAGAUUUUGGGAAUCACAUUAAUUUUUAACAACACUGAUGGAUUAAUGAUUUGAAUGUUUGGAUUAAUCUCUAAUGUCUUUGUCACAUUUUAAAGAUAGUGGCAAACUGUGACUCUAAAGAACAAAUGAUGGCCCAUUGGAAUAAUUUAUAAUACGAAUUACCAUUUUUAGAGCUUGUUGUGUAUUCUGUUAGGACCUCAUGAAACACUGAAAAUCAAAAUUUCUGAGGGUUGUUAAAUUCUAUAACCAGCAAUUAUACAAAGAUGAGAUCUCUGAAUUCCAGUGUCUAUGUAAAGCAUACAAUAAAAGUAAUAAUUAAUUAUAAGAUCUUUCUAGAAUCAGUAAUGAAUUUUAUCAAUCAGCUUUAUAUAUAGAAUUUAUAUAUAAUCCCUUUAAGCAGUUGACGAAUGUUAACAUAAUAGAAAGGCUGUUUUAUGUUAUAUGACAUAAUAUUUAUUUAUUUUAAAAGAAUGUAUCGGUUUGAAUAUUUUCUGGCCCACUUUUGUGAGACCAUAUGUUCCAUAAGAAAGUAAAUUUAAUUGAAAUAAAUAUUUGGAGCAGGGAUAUGGGCUUACCCUUAAAAGACUAAGUAGCUGGUUAUUUUAUUUUAUUUCUCUUUUUUUAAAGCAAAAUCAAAGCUUUGACACUACUUCAAGCAGCUGUGUAGUUGCUCUGAACAAUCUAGCAUCAUUUGCUUUGUAACUGGGGACAGAGUGGCUUAUAAAAACUGUGCUUCAUCUGACAGUCAUUCCUGGAGGUAUUCUUGGGGACAAUAAGUUGACUACCCCUUUUGGCCAGUAGCAGCAAAGCUUUUUUGUUGUUGUUGCUUUUAGUGGCAAACUCAUCCCUCCACCACAAAUUCUUCAAGAUCAUGCUCCACCAUCCCCAAACAUUUUAAUCCAAUCUGGGUGACUUUUUUCCUAAAAUGCACCCAAAACUAAAAAAAAUUCUAGGCUAUAUACUUCAGUCCAGUACCACCUUAUACAGUACAUGAAUAACUGAUUGUAGUAUUGCAGUUAAAAUAUUAUUUUACUUUUUCUUAUUUUUAUUGUCUUACACAGAUCUUAAUUAGAUUUCAUUCAACAGUAUAUAUUGGAUUUACAUAUUCUAAAAAUUUAGUCUUAACUGAAUUAUUACUAGAACCUCUAAAAGACUGGCAUUUCAAAUGGUAAAGUUUUUACUGGAAUCUUAAUUGUAAUCUGCUAAUGCAGUCAAAACUGUGUGGACAGUUUAAUACCUUACUAUUGAACAUUUGAUCUACUUUAUUCAAUGUAAUCAUGUAUUAUUUCUAAAAUAGUGCAAAAGCUAAUUUUCAGCACUUUUAUCUAGCCUUCAUACCAAGUGUUCUCAAAUAUACAUUUACAAAGGGUGCAGGUUACAAUUUUGAAGCCAUACAAUUUUAUAUAGAAUUUUUGUAAAGAAAUUUUUAAAAACUGUAUAAAAAUACAUCUAUCUGAAGAAAAUUGCAUGUUGCAAGCUGGAUCUUGCUUGUUUAUAAAAUGAUCAUCUGUGUAGCUGCCUCCUGAGAGAAUGUGUAACCCAACUUUAAAGGUCUGAGGUUUCUAUGAACUGUAAAUUAGAGCAAUAUAAAUCUUAGAAAAAAUGUAAAUAUCUCUGAUCUUUCACAAAAUGUAAAAUAAAAAUGCACCCUAUAAUAAACGUGUAAUAUAUAACUUA